AUGACUAGACACUCACCCACCAGGUCACGUUGCAUUCUAAAGCAUGGAGGAGCGGGCGUACGGGUUCUUAACCGGCACAUGAGUAGUAUUCAUUUUCUUAUUCUUGUGGUUCUCGUUUCAACGGCAUCACCUCCCAAUUGCGGUCGUUGCCCUUGCUCCUGGUCAUAUUUUGAGGUUACUGAUGCAUGUUACAAGAGGUUUGAACGGCCACAUUCAUUUGACGAUGCAGAGAAUCGAUGCCGUGUUUUCAAAGGACACUUAACCUCAAUUCAUAGUUAUCUGGAAAACGAUUUCGUCGAGCGGAUAGCCGAAAAUGGAACAUUUACUGGAGAGAAUGAUCGCUUGUCGUGGAUAGGACUAAAGCGGAACAAGGGCAGCAAAACUUGGUUUUGGACUGAUGGCUCUCCUUAUGGUUAUAACAAGUGGGCAGGACAACCGGAGACUGAGAACAAAACACAAGAGAAAUGCGCGCAGAUGGUGUCCACAUUUACAAAGAAGAAAGCUAUCGUCUUCAAAGCGUUAUGGCACGAUGCGGAUUGCAACUCCAAUGCGACAUUUUUCAUUUGCAAAAAGAAAGCUUGAUAAAUUUUGUGUUGUUAUGAUUCUAAAAGUCAAUGGGAGUGGCGUUAUGGACAUGGAUAAAGAUUGUUG